AUGAGGUCCAUCGUCAGCCUCACCAUCGCGGCCUCCCUGGCCGCCGGUGUCGUCGCGCAGCCCCACAACCACCGACACCGCCAUGUCAAGAAGGACACCGCUUCGCCCGUUGAGAAGCGCGACCCCGAUGUCGUCGUGGUAUACGAAUCCGGCCCGACCGUGACCGCCUACGAGCUCGGAGGAAAGGUCAUCAGCGAAGACGAGGCCAAGCAGGGCAUCAACGACGGCCUGUUCGUUGUCGUCGGAGAGACCACCCCGUCCUCGACGCCUCUGCCUCCCGCCUCUACCUCCAAGGCUCCCAAGCCGUCCAGCUCCCAGGAUGCUCAGUUCUUCGAGGCUAAGGUCGCCAAGACUACUUCCACCUCUACCACCCCUACUCCCACCCCGACCCCGACCCCCACGCCCUCUUCCUCGAGCCAGGCGCCUCCCGCCUCCACCUCAUCCGCCAGCAAGGGCGGCAGCUCCUCUGGAGGCUCUGGCGUGAACGCUGAGUUCCCCAGCGGCGAGCUUGACUGCUCCACGUUCCCGUCCGACUAUGGUGCCGUCCCCGUCGACUACCUCGGCACCAACGGCUGGACCGGCAUCCAGAGAACCCCCAACUACAGUAUCGGUGACCUGGCCAUCUCCUUCAUCGAGACGGCUGUCUCUGGCGACGGCGGAUGCACUAAGAACUCUUUCUGCUCGUACUCCUGCCCUGUUGGCUACCAGAAGACCCAGUGGCCCUCCGCCCAGGGUUCGACCAAGCAGUCCGUUGGUGGACUUUACUGCAACGCCCAGGGCAAGCUCGAGCUCACCCGCACCUCCAAGAAGACCCUUUGCGAGAAGGGCGCUGGCGGCGUCUACGUCCAGAACGACCUCAAGAAGUCUUCCUGCGUUUGCCGUACCGACUACCCCGGUAACGAGGCCAUGGUCAUCGCCACCGUGCCUGAGCCUGGCCAGAAGCUGGAGCUGACCAACCCCUACUCUCCCGACUACUACGUCUGGAACAACAGCCCCACCACCGCCCAGUACUACGUCAACAACCAGGGCGUCGCCGUUGAGGAUGCCUGCGUCUGGAAGAGUGCCACCGACCCCCUCGCUGCCGGUAACUGGGCUCCCGUCAACAUUGGUGUUGGCAAGAGCGCCGACGGCAACACCUACCUCUCCAUCUUCAACAAUGCCCCGACCUCGACCGCCAAGCUCGACUUCAACAUUGAAAUCACUGGCGAUGUUAACAGCAAGUGCGCGCUCGUCGACGGCUCCUACACUGGUGGUGGCACUGGCUGUACUACGGCCAUGUCCGGCGACGGCACUGCCAUCAUCCGCUUCUACUGA